GGAAGACCUUUGCAAGCAUGGUGGACAGGAAGGACGAUGCGUACGACACGAGGCGUAGAGCUUAAACAUGCGAUAAAGCUCGGAAGGAUUCACAGGUUGACGCCUUGCAGGUAGCUGUUCCCGCUUUCAGACCACUUAACCAUGCCUGUCUUCAGCCGCUACUACAACGUUGGCCUCCUGUGCGGCAUCGCAGCUGCUAGCGGCAUUUCCAUAUGGUGGUAUAACCGCGAGAGCAUCUACCUGCGCGUUAAGUCUGACCUUGAGAAGGACAAGGGCGCCGCAGCCCAGCACUGAGCGCACCUGCUCGGUGCCGAAAUGCCUAAGCGGAAGCGUACACAAGCGGGCGGCGAAUCACAGGCUCCGCUUGGCAAGCCUGACAGGCAACCGACGGAGUUUGAGGAGCGCCUUUACCAGCUAUGCAAAUGUAUUCCUGCUGGCAAAGUAUCCACGUAUGGCGCAAUGGCAGCUGUCUUGCGAAGUGCCCCACGUGCAGUUGGGCAGGCUCUCAGGCGCAAUCCGUUCGCGCCUGUGGUUCCCUGCCACCGUGUCGUAGCGGCGGAUCUAAACAUUGGAGGCUUUUCUGGUGGCUGGGGCAUUUCGGACCCGAAGGUGCAGCGAAAGAAGAAGCUGCUGGAAGAUGAAGGGAUUGAAUUCGACGGUUCAGUGGUGCGGAGCGCUGAGUUUGUGCUUGCAGCUGAUGAGCUGAGGAGUCUCCUUGCUGAGGCCGUGGCUGCUAGUGCUCCCAGCGGGGGAAAAUGAGAAGGGGGAGGACUAUAUUGGAGUAGGCAGGGUGGCUUCGUUGCGGCAUUCUGGUGGGUGCAGUUGGUGUGGCCAAACGCACACACCUGCAACGUUUCUUGGAUUGUAGUGAAUAGGGACGUGUGCGUUCGUCGCAACAAAGCCUGGGGGUCUAGUUACCGCUAUGUGUGUCGGGCAGCUGGACACAACACUGACCCAUUUGAGUUGUCCGGGCCACAUGUAAAACACGUCAUGCAUGCCUCUUUGUCCUGAAACCAUCCGAAGCACAACGCCCUCUUUCCUUGGCAAUACUAACCCCUG